GAGCCCGAGCGGGAGCCCCGCGGAGGCGGGAGGCCCAACCCGGGGGAGGGUUAGGGGAAGGGGUGGCGAAAGCCGGCGCGCCGCGGGCCCGCCUCUGCCCUGGAUGAAAUUUAAAUUGCUCGGGGCUGCCGGCUCGCGGCGGGCUGCGCGGGGACGGGAGGCUGCUCCCGGAGGGGCCGGUGCCUUGCCCUUCGCAGCAGGCCGGGCGCGGCUUCCGCGGGUUUCAGUCGCACGGUGCUCGCCUCCCCAGCGAACAUGUCGUCCUACGCCAAAGAUUUCAGCAAAGCAAUGUCCCAGGCCGGCCCGUCGCAGUUUCAGGAAGUCAUUCGACAAGAGCUGGAGUAUUCCAUGAAAGUAGAACUUGAUAAAAUACUCGCAACUGCACCCUCAAAUGAGCUAGAGCAUGCUAAAAAGGACCUGGAAGGAUUUAAGAAGCUAUUUCAUAGAUUCCUACAAGAAAAGGGACCAUCUGUGGACUGGGGGAAGAUCCAGAGACCACCAGAAGAUUCUAUCCAGCCCUAUGAGAAGAUAAAAGCCAGAGGACUGCCUGAUAACAUUGCUUCUGUCUUGAACAAGCUGGUAGUUGUGAAAUUAAAUGGCGGCUUGGGCACAAGCAUGGGUUGUAAAGGCCCCAAAAGUCUUAUUGGGGUGCGGAAUGAGAACACCUUCUUGGAUCUGACCGUUCAGCAGAUUGAGCACUUAAACAAAACCUACAACACCGACGUUCCUCUUGUUCUUAUGAAUUCCUUCAACACUGAUGAAGACACCAAGAAAAUCUUGCAGAAAUACAGUCACAGCCGAGUGAAAAUAUACACCUUUAAUCAAAGCAGGUACCCUAGAAUUAACAAGGAAACUCUGCUGCCAAUAGCCAAGGAUGUGUCUUACUCAGGAGAGAAUACGGAGUGCUGGUAUCCCCCGGGCCACGGAGACAUCUAUGGCAGUUUCUAUAACUCCGGUCUGCUGGAUAACCUUAUUGCAGAGGGGAAGGAAUAUAUUUUUGUAUCCAACAUAGAUAACUUGGGUGCUACCGUGGACCUUUAUAUUCUGAAUCAUCUUAUGAACCCACCCAAUGGAAAACGCUGUGAAUUUGUCAUGGAAGUCACCAACAAAACCAGGGCAGAUGUGAAGGGUGGGACACUCACACAAUAUGAAAACAAACUGAGACUGGUGGAGAUAGCUCAGGUCCCAAAAGCACACGUCGAUGAAUUCAAGUCUGUCUCAAAAUUCAAAAUAUUCAAUACGAACAAUCUGUGGAUCGCUCUGUCUGCAAUUAAAAGGCUGCAAGAGAAGAAUGCUAUUGACAUGGAGAUCAUUGUUAACCCAAAGACUCUGGAUGGAGGCUUGAACGUUAUCCAGUUGGAGACUGCAGUUGGUGCUGCUAUUAAGAGUUUUGAGAACUCUCUGGGAAUAAAUGUACCUCGUAGUCGUUUUCUGCCCGUUAAGACCACGUCUGAUCUCCUGCUUGUGAUGUCUAAUUUGUAUAGUCUUAAUGCUGGAUCUCUAACAAUGAGCGAGAAGCGUGAAUUUCCAACCGUUCCUCUUGUCAAACUGGGAAGUUCUUUCACAAAGGUUCAGGAUUACCUGCGGAGGUUUGAAAGUAUUCCAGAUAUGCUGGAACUGGAUCAUCUCACAGUUUCAGGCGAUGUUACAUUUGGGAAGAAUGUUUCAUUAAAGGGAACAGUUAUCAUCAUUGCAAAUCAUGGCGACAGAAUUGACAUCCCAGCUGGAGCUGUCCUAGAGAACAAAAUUGUAUCAGGCAAUCUUCGGAUCUUGGACCACUGAGCCAAUGGAAUGGCACGGCCGGUUCUGCAGACUGCUGUGCUAACCAGCCUCAUCAUGGAAGAACCUUUUAAGCAUUAGAAAUAAGUACACAGAGGGCCUACACUUUGUCAUCUUCACAGUACCCUGCAGUAUUAAUUUUAAGUUAAUUUCUCUUGUUUAUCUUUUUAAGCAGAUACGUAGCGCAGUGGAUGUGCGUAAGUGAUGUUUCAGACCUUAAAGAAAUUCUGUAACUCAGUUAAUGUAACCUUGAAGUGCAAUACUGUUUGUCUUGAGGUAAGAUGGACAGAUCUUCUUUGAUAAGAAGUUAAGAGGCUUGCCUCUAACAUGUAGUCGUUUUGAAUUGCUUGUAACUGCAGAAAUAAGCUGUGAAGCAAUACAUGUGGGACAUGGUUAGCUACUCAUGCAGCUUUUUUUAAUGAAGUGUAAACAGCAGGCGCAGUUGAAAAACCAAAAGUUUCACUACUGCUCAAUGUGCUGUUAAAAUCCCUGUAGUUCAUGUGCUCACAAAUAUCCCAACCUAUAAUCCUAACCCCUCCCCCCACAAAUGACAAGUGGGAUUCCUAUCACUGUUAUACUGUAUGUCACCAUUCUAGGGCAAGGCUGUCAGUACCUCCUUUCUGUAUCGUGAGAGAGCGGGCAUCGCUGAUGUUCCAAACUCACCCAAAGAACCUAAUACUUGAGAAAAAUGCCUCAGUAUCCACCUGUGGUGUUUGCUUUUCACAUCCCAUUUAAGACUGGAUCUCCCACUAAUAUCUUCAUCCUUGAUCUGCCCUCUUUUCAAUAAAUUGAUAUAGUCAACAUGAUGUAAUCCAUGUUCAUAAUUGUCACAGCCACUCAUGUUAAUUAUCUUCUCUUGACUCAUUUCUAAAUUUGUACAGGAAUUGAAAUCCCUCUCCUGAUCACUGUUGAUUUCUUAAUGUUUCUCUUGUAUUGACAUGCAGACAAUUUAUUUUAUAAGCUUAGUAAUAACACUGGUAUGUAUCAUUAAAGAAGUUGGUCUUUAAAAACAA